AUGACAGCAAGACAGCAGCAGCAACAGCAGCAGCAGCAACAACAACAACAAUACGGCCUCAUCGUGUCACAUGCGCGUGUCAUUGCUUCAGCCCAUGCUCACGUGCCAACACCACCGGCACCAUCACACCACACCACCAGCACGUCUGCACUUGGUGCAGGCAGUGACAAACGAGGCACCCGAGCACACAGCAUGCAGCCGUUGCCACAGCAGCAGCAUGGUGUUGGGGACCUUGCGGGCGCCAGGGAACUUGUGCUGACCCCCCGUAACGGAAAGGGGAAGAAGGAGACAACAGCAGCAAGAGCAGCAGCAAGUGCGCUCACACCAACACGAACCAGCACCACCACGAGUUUCGCCGUAACCGCCAACGCAACUGCGACAACAACAACCGCAGCAUCACGGGCUCAUGAACAACAAGGAACCACUGCUGUGGUGAACAAGACACUGCCGGUGUCACGACGGGAGGCGAUCGCUCGCUGUGGUGAAGCCGCCGCGGGCCGCCGCAGCAACAAGGACGGGAUGCACCGAUAG